UCUCUAUAUAUCUGUGUGUAUCUGUGUGUGUGUGUGUGUGUGUGUGAGAGAGAGAUCAGCUGACAGCAGCUCGUGCAUAAUGGCCGGUAACGUCGUGUUCUGGAUGUGUGCUGCGUGUUUGCUGGCAGUGUCGGCAGGUGACAUGCGGCACAUCCCAGCUGGACAGAUGUUGAUGGGAAGCAGCGCAGCUGAUGGAGAUGGAGGGUCACCCAGCGUGGACGUCCAGCUGCAGCCGUUUAGAAUAGACAAAUACCCCGUCACCAACUCCGACUUCAGAGACUUUGUGAGAGCUCAGAAGUACAGGACUGAAGCGGAGACGUUCGGCUGGAGUUUUGUGUUUCAAGACUUCGUGUCAGAAGAGCUGAAGAGCAAAGUGACGCAGAGGAUCGAGUCUGCUCCCUGGUGGUUGCCUGUGGAGCGGGUGUUUUGGAGACAGCCUGCAGGACCUGGUUCAGGCAUUCGGGAGCGCUUGGAGUUCCCGGUGGUUCAGGUGAGCUGGAAUGAUGCUCAGGCCUUCUGCCAAUGGAAGGGCAAAAGAUUACCUACCGAGGAGGAGUGGGAGUGGGCUGCACGUGGAGGGCUGCAAGGUCGGGCUUAUCCAUGGGGAAACAAAUUCCAAGCCAACAGAACCAACCUGUGGCAGGGAUCAUUCCCAGAUAGAGACACAGCAGAGGAUGGAUACCACGGCAUUUCUCCUGUCACAGCAUUUCCUCCCCAGAACAGUUAUGGACUCUACGACAUGAUGGGAAACACAUGGGAAUGGACGUCCACACCCUUCCGAGCAGCACAACCGAUGUAUGUGCUGCGUGGGGCCUCCUGGAUCGACACGGUGGACGGUUCAGCCAAUCAUAAGGCACGAGUCACGACCAGGAUGGGAAACACUCCUGACUCUGCCUCUGAUAACCUUGGAUUCAGGUGUGCAGCCAGCGACGGACAGAAGCACGGGAAGGGAAAAGACAAUACUGAACUGUAGCAGCAAACAGGAAGCGAAGGACAGUAAUGCUGUUUCAUACGAAACGAUGAUUCAGGCGUUAUUAAUGGAGCUGAUGACUAAGAGCAAGAAAAAAGGAAGGGACCAACUAACAAUGAAUAGAAUGAAUAUAUGAAACACUGGAUUUCUCCCAUGGAGACUUUUUUUAAUGAUUUUGAUUAAACACUCAACAUUCAAGCAAUAAAUCAUUCCCGCCUCACAAAAA